AUGGUCGAGCAUCUCCUUGGCCUGGGCGGAACCGAAGCCUGGGUCGGCGUCCUGAUGGUGCCACACCAGGGCGCUCUCCUUGGUCUCGAUAGAGGAUCCGUCCGUUGACUCAGUGUACAGCUUCAUCACAGGCUCAGCUAUCUGAAACCACCCGAAAUCCGCCGUCGGCCCGCAGACCUCCCAUUCCUCCGCCUUUCCCCACCUGUUCAUACACAACACCAAAAAAAAAAAAGAUUGAUUCUUUGAUUGCUUCAAUGCAAAGGAGGAGCAGCAGCAGGUGAGAGAUUGUAAACCUCACGAAGAAUCCAUGCUCCGCGGCGAUGCCCAGCUUCUCGCAGGGAGAGAACCACUUGCCCAAGCUCCCCCUGGCCCUCCCGCUGACGACGAAGACGACGUUCCUCUCGUCCCUGGAGAGCAAAUUCAUGAUGGAGAUCACCUCCUUCCCCGGGGUCUUAUUGAUGGAGGUCUUGGGCAUUAGCGUCCCGUCGUAGUCCAGCAGUAUCGCCCUGCUCCUUGCCCUCUCGUACGCCGAGACGAUCACGUCCACAUUGAGCUUCCUGAAGUUAGGAUCGAGGGCGACGACCCUGAACCCAAACCCUAGCCCGAUGCCCCAGCAGGUUCGCCUGAAGUGAUCCUUGCAGCUCCUCUCUAGAUCCUGCAGGAAGCUCUUCGACCAGUAGGCCACGUCGUGGGUGCUCACAUAUCUGAAGUGCUUCUCGUGCCGCAGCUCCUUCUCCCCCUCGUCCAUCGCCACCGCCUCGUUCAUGGCCUCCGCCGUAGACUCUAUGUUCCAUGGGUUUAUCCUGAUCGCCCCGCUCAGGGAAGGGGAGCACCCGAUGAACUCCGACACCACCAGCAUGCUCUUCCUCGGCGACUCCGACUCCGACCCUGGAACUCCCUGCCGGCCGACGAUGUACUCGUACGGUGUCAGGUUCAUCCCGUCCCUCACGGCGGUGACGAUGACGCACUCCGCGAUGGUGUAGAAGGCGAUCUUCUCGCUGAAGGAGAUGACCCGGUCGAUGUACACCACCGGCUGGUAGUCGUCCCGCCCGUAGGCGCUGUUGAUCCUCUGGCAGCUCUCCUUGAUCUCCGCCUGAAUCUCAUCGAGGUCUCUUCCCCUUCCCCUGGGAGGGUUCGCGAUCUGCACCAUCACCGCUCUCCCCUUCCAGCUCGGGUGAACAUUCAGCAUGUGCUCGAAGGCCAACAGCUUCAGAUUUAUGCCCUUGAAGAUGUCCAUGUCGUCCACACCGAGCAGCACCGUCUUCCCCUGGAACUCUUGGCGGAGCUCCGCCACCCUCCACUCCACGUCGGGGAGCUUCAUCACCGUCUCGAGCUGCCCCAUGUGGACACCCACAGGCAUGAUCUUGAUGCCCACAGUCCUCCCAAAGUAUUCCAGGCCGAUGUAGCCCCUCUUCGACUGGUACUCCAAACCCAGCAUGCGGCUGCAGCAGGAGAGGAAGUGCCGGGCGUAGUCGAAGGUGUGGAAGCCGAUCAGGUCCGAAUUGAGCAGCGCCUUCAAGAUCUCCUCGCGGACGGGGAGCGUCCUGUAGAUCUCGGAGGAGGGGAAGGGACUGUGCAGGAAGAAACCCAUCCUGAGGCGGUUAAACCUGCGCCGGAGGAAGGUGGGCACCACCAUCAGAUGGUAGUCGUGGACCCAGACGUAGUCGUCCUCGGGGUUGAUCACCUCGAUCACCUUCUGGGAGAAGAUCUUGUUGGCGGCGACGUAGGCCUCCCAGUGUGAUCGGUCAAAGCGGCCGCCAUGGUCGGCGGAGAAGGGGAGCAUGUAGUGGAAGAGAGGCCACAGUUCCUGCUUGCAGAACCCGUGGUAGAACUUGGCGACGAUCUCCCCGGGGAGGAAGGCCGGCACGCACUUGAAUCGUUCGAGCAGAGCCUGGGAGACGUCUUCCUGCUCGGCGGGCUCCACAUCGGCGAUGAGGGAGCCGACGUAGAUGACCUCCAUGUCGUCCGGCAGGCCGUCCUUGAGUUGCAGGAGGAGGGACUCCUCGUCCCAGGCGAAGCUCCAUCCCCGGCCAUCGGGGCGGCGCUUGGCCUUGAUCGGGAGCUGGUUGGCGACGAUGAUGAUACGAUCUUGGGCGAGGGAUGAAGGAACAUCGGAGGAGACGCUGUUCGCCUGGUCGUCGUCAAGCUCGGAAACGAUGCCCGGCACCGUCAUAACCCGGGGCAGCCGCCUGGUACGCCCGCCGCCGCCGCCUAAUGCCGGGAAGUUCCCCGACGCCAGAUCGAGGAGAUUAGUAUACGAUCUGGACAUCAUCUUGCCCGACGAACACUCUCGCGCCUUAUCCGAGCUUCCGCGAGAGAUUCACCGCCGGAGAGAACAAAUAAACCGAUCCCUGGCAGAAACCCUAGGGGAAACGCCCAAUGGAGGGAUUCCGGAGAGUCUUGACCGCUGCCGAUCACAGAUCACGCCAGCAGCCUGA